CGCACAAGAGCAAAUAGAUUUAAAAAAUGAGAUACGGUAUAAAAACAGUCGGCUCUCACCACUCGAUCUCGUCGUGUUUCUUGUGAUAAAUAUGUCGGAACAGCGCGUUCAUUCACACAUCUCAAAUCCCUGGGAUUUGACUUUUUUGUACAUGACCGGAGUAUCAACGCCAAAGACUCUUGGACGAGUGAUUCGACUGAACGAAGCCAAAACCUAAACCAAAAUUACCCAAAAAAAAAAGAUUAGUGUCGACACCAGUUAAACCGAAAUCCCGCCUAAUCCAAAAAUCUCACGGAAGUUGUGAGGGUUGUAUUUUCGUGCCAUAUGGAUUGUGAAAUGAGUGUACAAAUGUAAUAGAGAAUCAAAAACACCCAGUGAAAACAAUUUUGCGGAAAUAAGAAGUGGUUUAGUUAAGAAGAGCGGAAAAAACCGGUUGCACAAGAUGAUGAAGAAGGAGAAACCGAUGAUGUCGGUGACGGCGAUAAUCCAGGGCGCCCAGGCGCAACACUGGGCGCGUGGUAACACCUGGCUGAGCCUCGACAGCAGUAACAUGUCGAUGUCCUCGGUGGGGCCCCAGAGUCCGUUGGAUAUGAAACCAGAUACUGCGAGUCUCAUGAACUCCGGGAAUUUCAGCCCUUCUGGACCUAAUAGCCCGGGGUCAUUUACCAUGGGAUGUCACAGUAGUCUUUUGAGCACAUCGCCAGGCGGCCAAAGCAAGACCGGUGCUGGCUCACCGUAUCCACCGAAUCAUCCACUUUCCGGCAGCAAACAUCUGUGCUCGAUCUGCGGUGAUCGGGCCAGUGGAAAACACUAUGGCGUCUACAGUUGUGAAGGCUGCAAAGGUUUCUUUAAACGAACAGUGCGGAAGGACCUCUCUUAUGCCUGUCGCGAGGAAAAAUCCUGCAUUAUUGAUAAGAGACAGAGGAAUCGCUGUCAAUACUGUCGUUAUCAGAAAUGUCUAGCCAUGGGAAUGAAACGGGAAGCUGUGCAGGAGGAGAGACAACGUACAAAAGAACGAGAUCAGAGUGAAGUUGAGAGCACCAGUAGUUUGCAUUCUGAUAUGCCUGUCGAGAGAAUUUUAGAGGCUGAAAAGAGGGUGGAGUGUAAAAUGGAACAUCAGGGGAAUUAUGAUAACGCCCUUUCCAGUAUUUGUAACGCCACGAACAAGCAGUUGUUCCAGCUAGUGGAAUGGGCGAAACACAUUCCACACUUCACAUCACUCCCCCUGGAGGAUCAGGUCCUCUUGCUACGAGCAGGCUGGAAUGAACUGCUGAUAGCAGCCUUUUCCCAUCGCUCAAUGGACGUCUCCGAUGUGAUUGUUCUGGCCACAGGCAUCACCGUCCAGAGAAAUUCAGCUGAACAGGUUGGCCUCGAGAGGAUAUUCGACCGAGUUCUCUCAGAACUAGUGACAAAAAUGCGAGAGAUGAAGGUGGACAAGACCGAGCUGGGCUGCCUGAGAGCCAUAAUCCUGUUUAAUUCCGAGGUUCGUGGAUUGAAAGCAGCCCAAGAAGUAGAACUCCUCCGGGAAAAAGUGUACGCAGCCCUCGAGGACUACGUCAGGAUCACGAAACCCAACGAACCUGGACGAUUCGCCAAACUCCUGCUUCGUCUCCCCUCCCUGCGUUCAAUUGGUCUCAAAUGCCUCGAACACUUGUUCUUCUUCAGACUAAUUGGUGAUGUCCCCAUCGAUUCCUUUCUUAUGGAAGUUCUGGAGAGUCCAGCUGACCCUUAGGAGAUGGAGGUGUGCCGCGUACUGGGGCACACCGACAUGUAAUCCACAAUCAACAGCAGAAAAUUAUCUUUUUAGAGCAACAAUUAAUUAUUUCUGAUUAACGCACCUGAGGGGAAGAUUUGACGAGGCUAUUUUUCAAACAGGGAUACUUAUUGAUAGGUUUUAUCCACUAUUUUUUUGUUAUUUAUGUCCAAUGAGUGAAUAAAAAACAGAGUUUGAGAGAAUAGAGUGGAGGGGAAAUAGAAGCGGAGCAUAGAGUCGGGACUGCUGCAAAAUUAACUAAUUCGAUGGUUUAUUCGGGAGAAAUCCUUUUUCGAGAAGUUAUACAUUUUUAAAUUGUAUAUUUGGAAAUAUUUAUGUUUUUUUUUGUUACAUUCCAAGUGCAGCUUUUUAUUUGAUUCUUUCAGGGGGAGAUUGUUUCUUAGGUAGUUGCAUACAUGGGUAUACCCAUAUACGUACAAUUGCCCACUAAAAAAUUUUAAUGUGUAAAUUACGGUAAUUUAUUGAAUUCUUGUUUGUUUUCUUCUUUUGUAUAUUAGGAGGAUUGAAAGAUGGUGGAGAAAUUGGGGUUGAAGUGUAAUGACUCUUAUUGUUACGUGUGAAAAAUUUCUGUGGAAAAUGUGUCGAUAGAUGGAUUAUUUUGCUAGGGAUUUUUAGUACCUGUGGGAAAUGGUUUGGAGAAAUUGGGCCUUUUCAAAGUUUGUAAAGAAAUUUCGAUUUCAUAAAAAAUUGAGGUAUAUUAAUAACUGCAGGAAGUCCAUUGAAAUCAAUUCACAGACUCGAUCUUUAUAAAUAUCGUAACUAUAAAAAUAUCCUGAUUAAUGUUCGUAACAUUAAUUCUUACAGGAGAUGAAAAUUCAUAUAAAUAUUUUCAGGAUGGUUAUAGGCUAAUUUUUAUUCACAAUGGGGAAUCGAAAUUCCUAUGCGAAAUUUGAGAAGACUGAACGCUUUCAAACAGCAUCUCCAUAGAACUACUUAGAGCAUUUAUAAAAUCAUUUUGUGCAGAGAUUGGGAAUUCCGUCAAAUAUUCUUGAAAUGAGACAUCAGCCCUAUAGAAUAUGUCUAGGAAUAAUGUCCAUAGUUCCGUGUCCAGGAAUUUGAAUUAUCUAUGAGAAAUUCAUCUGUAAACAUCAAGAUAAUGUUAAUGGGGAUUUUUAGAAUCUAUAGGAAACGAUUUUAGAAAAUCUCAGAGUAUUUUUAUAGUGAUGAUUCCCAUGGGAAGUGAUUCUUAUCAGAUUCUCUGUAGGAAUUCUCAAUCUCUAUGAGAAAUCGAUCUAUUGAUAAUCAGAAAAUGUUUAUAGAGAUCUUGAGCCUCUAUAGGAAAUAAUUUUAUAAAGCUCCGAGUAAUUUCUUAGGAAUGAUCUAUAGAAAUUCACUUUUCCAAGAUUUUGUACGGAAAUUUUGAGUUCAUAGGAAAUCGGGGUAUUAACAAUCACAUGAUGGUUAUAAAAAUCAAUUAAAAGACUCAAUUUUUCAUGGCUAUAAAAAAACCCUGAGCGUUCGUCGAAUUAUUUCCGAAAGAGGAUGAAAAUUCUUAUAAAUAUUCUUUCGAGGUUAACAGACUUCAGCAUAUCCGUAGACAUAUAUUUUACAGAAAUUCUGUGACUUUCAUACGUCUCAUGCAGCUAAAGAAUUUGUCGACGACUGUAAAACUGAAAGUCUUGUAUUUUUAAAAAAUCAUUGAACGAUUUAAUCGACGUUAGAUCACAUAAACACUGCGAGAAAAUAUAAAUGUACUUUCGUUUCAGAAAAUUAAGAAUUGCGUAGGAAAAAUAGGCAAUUAACGAUUAAAUCUAAACAAGAAUGUAGACUCUUUGACUCUUGAAAUUUGUUAUUGACAAAUUUGUCGUCUAAAGUUGGAUGACAGCUGAGAGAGGUAUAACAAAUAAUGAACGAAUUUUGGAAUCUGAGUAAAUCUAUGUGACUUCAGAGAUUCCCCAAAAAUUAGUCGUGCAAUUGAAUUUAUUCAUCACUAUUAUGUCACUAAAGUAAUUUACGUAAACACUACGUAUUGAUUACCGAACAAAUUGUAAUUGAGACGAAAAAGACUCCCCUGCUCUCAGCUGUUGUCAUUAAUCUCAUCGAUAAAAACAGUAAUAAAUUACCUACUUACGAUUAACUAUUAACGAUAUAAUUAUCGAAUCGAUAUUUCUAUUUUUGCGUGAAUGCGUAGGGGAUCGUUAGUUGUUGGUUAUUGUUAUUACACUUGAUUAGAGUUUUUUAAUGUUGAUGCCUAUCGCAGAGAAAAACCCACGAUUAUGUAGAACACAAGAUCAUAUUGUAAAUUAUGAUACUUUCAUUUUAAUAAUUUUGUAAAGAUCGAAAUUAAUAUUUUAUCAUCAUUUGAUUCUAUUAAUUUUCUCAUUGAUCGAGACCUGAUGCCCACCAGUGCAUUACCAAUAAUCACAAUCGAAAGAAUUAAUUAUAGAAGAAAAAAUCUAUAAUGGAAAUGAAAUAGAAUAUAUAACACUUGUAAUAUUUUUCUCGUGAUGUCACUGACAAAUGGAUAAAUAAAAUGUGGAGGAAGGAACCUGAACCGAAAUUACCUCGACGUACGUGAAAGUCAAUAGUUUUGGUAUCCAACAAGAAAAAAAUUGAAAAAAAUAAAUAAAAACAAACUACAGGGGAAGAAAUUAUUUUGCCUGACUAGGAAAGCAAGGGCGUGAAUGCUACCUGUGAAAAUUUUCAUAAUGAAUUAUAUUUGAAUGUUGAAAAAAAAUAUGUAAGAAUAAAACCGAGAUAUAUAUUAACUUAAGCAUAGCGAGGAAGAAUUAAUGAAGAUCCUGACGAUCACUUGCAGUAGAUUAAGGACAUAAUUACACGAUACAGUAAUGAGAAAACCUAGUAAUUGCUUUCAUUCAUUUGAAUUGCACCUCUAGAUGUUACAGUACGGAAUAUGACAGGGCAAAACAUCAAAAUUAUCAGGCACCAACACAGAGGUUAUCUUCAUCGAAUACCAAAUUUCAAAUAUUGGCCGAGGAACUAAAAUAUUUUUCUCGGCUGUAACAAUGAUAUAUUUUAUCGGUUGAUAUUUAGAAUACAUGAUGUUUUGUCCUCGUGAUGUUCAUCGAUAAUCUUAUCGUCUGUAAUAUUACAUUCGAGUAAUGAAUAGGGGUGAUGUUUAAUUCUGUAAAGUAUUGUAAAGAAAAAUGUUUUUUAUUAAUGCUCAAAUUAAUGAAUUCGUUGAUUCAAAGGUAAUGAACACUUGGUCAGCGAAUUGAAGAAUAAAUUUGUUGUAGGAUAAUUUAAACUUUUGAUCCAUCAAUUAUAAAUUGGCAUUAUCAACUUGCAAAUAUUACACACUAGUACAAAUAUGUUUUAAUGAAAGUUUAAUUGAGAAAAAAUUAUUAGGUCAUCGAAGUACUACGAAAAAUGUAGCGGAGUUAAUUGUGGAAUCAUUGUCAUUGCAGUUACCGUCCUAUUUUCAAGGAUAACACUUCUUUUUUACGUGAAAAUUCAUGAUUUUGGAAAUAACAAAUAUCUAAUGUCCCUCUUUAAUCAUUUAGAAAGAAUACAGUGUUCUGUGGAUAAUGCGUUUAAAUAAAACACUACCAGCAGAAUUA